UAAAAGAAAAAAAAAACACAAAAGGCGACAGACAAGACAAAAGAAUGUCCCAAACCCAAAUCUUCAUAUCCUCUCUCCCCCUCCUUCCGAUUUCUUCGUAUUAUUAACCCUUAUUUCGAUUUCUUACUCAGUUCCCUUGUAAAAAGUUCGUGCUCUCUUCUGUGAUCAGCGUUCGAUUUCUAAUCAGAUUAGGGGUUUUCAUUGGCUAAUCGAUUCGGCGUUUGAAAUUUGGCAAUCGGGAUUUCUCGAUUUCGUGGUGGGUUUUGAUUUUUGAAGCGAUCACGAAGAGGGUUGAUGGCGAAUUGAGUAAAGGAAUCUGGGUUUAUGUUUUUCUAUACAAUAAAUGAAUCUUUGAAGAUCUCGUGAAUCUGAGGAUUGUCGUGGAGGGUAAUCUCUAGAGGGCUGAAUUGAGGAAGAGGAGAGGGUUGGUUCGAUAUAAUUGAUAUUUGGGAAUCGAGGAAGAGAUGGGAGAGAAGAUGGAUCUUGUGAUUGGUGGGAGAUUUAAGCUUGGAAGGAAAAUUGGCAGUGGUUCAUUUGGAGAGCUUUAUCUAGGUGUAAAUGUCCAAACAGGAGAAGAAGUUGCUGUCAAGCUGGAAUCUGUGAAGACCAAGCAUCCUCAACUUCAUUAUGAGUCAAAGUUGUAUAUGCUCCUUCAAGGAGGGAGUAUGUCUCACUCUACACUUGAGUUUCUUGAUGAUAGGCUUCUAUCUAUUGUAUAUGCCUUCUCUGCUAGGGAGUGGUCAACUGGUCUUCCGAGCCUCAAGUGGUUUGGAGUUGAAGGUGACUACAGCGUAAUGGUUAUUGACCUUCUAGGUCCUAGUCUUGAAGAUUUGUUUAACUACUGCAACAGGAAGUUCACCUUGAAAACUGUUCUCAUGCUUGCCGACCAACUUCUUAACAGGGUCGAGUUUAUGCAUACUCGAGGUUUCCUUCACCGUGAUAUAAAGCCUGAUAAUUUUUUAAUGGGCCUUGGACGCAGAGCUAAUCAGGUGUAUAUCAUUGAUUUCGGACUAGGGAAGAAAUACAGAGACCUUCAGACUCACAAACACAUUCCUUACAGAGAAAACAAAAAUCUGACUGGGACAGCUCGAUAUGCAAGUGUCAACACUCACCUUGGAGUUGAACAAAGUCGUAGGGAUGAUCUGGAAUCACUUGGUUAUGUUCUUAUGUAUUUUCUCAAAGGAAGUUUACCAUGGCAGGGACUAAAAGCUGGGACAAAGAAGCAGAAAUAUGAUGUUAUAAGUGAGAAGAAAGUAUCAACUCCUAUAGAGGUGCUGUGUAGAAAUUGCCCGUCAGAAUUUGUUUCAUACUUCCAUUACUGUCGAUCUUUACGGUUUGAUGACAAACCUGAUUACUCUUACCUUAAGAGACUUUUCCGCGACUUGUUCAUCCGAGAAGGUUAUCAGUUUGAUUACGUAUUUGACUGGACAGUCUUAAAGUAUCCUCAAAUCGGUUCCAGCUCUGAUUCUAGCUCACGUACCAGGCAUCAAACAACCACGAAACCAGGAUUCAACACUGCCGGUCCUUCUACAAGUAGGCAAGAGAGGCACGCAGGAAAGGAAACAACCAGAGUGUCGGGUGCAGUGGAAGCCUUCUCCCGAAGACACCCAACAAACAACUCUGCUACGCCACGUGAUCGCUCCAGAUCAAGAAACUCUGAUGACGGACCUUUCACUAAGCACAUAUAUGGAGAGUCUGGAAGAGGAAGCAGUUCGUCAAGACAGGGAACAUCAACAUCAAGGAAAGCAGUUGGUGGUGGUUCAAGCUCACGGCCAAGUUCAGCAGGGGGACCAAGUGGUAGCCGAGGUUCAAGUCGUCUGGUAUCAUCAAGCGGGGGUGGCAGUGGGAACGGGCGUCCAUCGAGCAGUCAGAGAGUCCAACCUGGAUAUGAAUCAAAGACUCUGUCUUUCGCUCGUGCAACGGCUUCAAGAAACGCUAGGGAAGAUCAGUUGAGAAGCUUCGAGCUUCUGUCUCUUCGCAAAUAAAGCAGGGGGAGAGAGAGAGACUCCAUGAAAACUUAACCGAAAGGUUUCCAUAUGCUUAAAAAGAUCUUUACAGGUGAUUUCAGCUUCAGCGUGGAGAGAUCUUUUGCCAGCACUCUUACUCGUUUGUAUAUUUUAAAUGGUGAUGUGUUGGAGAUAGGAAGAGUCUAAUAUGCAAAAGAGGUGAACUUGUAUUCCUCCAAUAUCAUUGUAAUAAACAAAGACAAAAUUUAUACUUUUUUUUAAAAUACCAAAGAGGCAAAAUCA